AUGCCUUCCCCCAGGACUUUGAAAGAGGCGCAAGCGUUAAAUGGGCGUCUGGUGGCUAUAAACAGAUUUUUGGCAAGACACGCGGAAAGAUCUUUGCCAUUUAUAAAGACGUUGAAAGAUUGCCUUAACAAUAAAAACUUUAAAUGGACCAGCGAAGCGGAAGAAGCCCUGCAAGACAUGAAGCGUUUCAUCGAAAAACUACCCAUGUUGACAGCACCAUACCCAGAAGAACUACUCAAGAUGUACCUAGCGACGGCUCACAACGCGGUAAACGUGGUACUCAUGGUGGAAAGAGAUGGGAAACAAACACCAAUAUAUUACAUCAGCCGAGUUCUGGCAGGACCCGAAAAGCGGUAUCCAACACUCGAAAAGUUGGUCCUAGCACUAGUUCAGGCUACCCGACGACUCAGAAUAUAUUUUCAAGGGCACCGCGUUCAGGUGAUCGUCGAUUUCUUGGCUGAAAUUCCUGAUGGUGAAACUGUAAAGGAUCCCGCAAUCCAGGACAUUUCGGAAUCCAGCACAGCCAAGCAAACCUGGAUGCUCUACACUGACGGAUCAUCCAGCGGGAAAGGUUCUGGGGCAGGUCUGAUGUUGAUAAGCCCAGAUGAAAUAAGGCUCAUGUACGCUUUACGUUUUGACUUUGAAUGCUCCAACAAUGAAGCAGAGUAUGAAACGCUACUAGCGGGCUUGAGAAUGGCCCAAUCUAUGGGAGCCUCAAGAGUUGACGCGUAUGUCGACUCUUUGCUGGUCAAUAACCAAGUAAACGAAACUUACGAGGCCAAGGACGAAUCAAUGGCGAGGUAUUUGGCUAAAACCAAGGAGCUCAUAGCUUCCUUUGACAGUGUCACGCUUAACCACGUCCAUAGAGGAAAAAACCAAAUAGCAGACGCCUUGAGUAAACUUGCUACCUCGGGUAUGGAAAAAGAAGUAAAGGUAGAAACAUUGCAGUCACCUUCCAUUGAACCCCGGGAAGUUUCAGCCAUCAUAGCGGAGGAACCAUGUUGGUACACUCCCAUACUAAAGUUCCUCACAAAGGGUGAAUUACCUCCCGCCAGAGGCGAAGCCCAAAAGAUCCAAACCAAGGCAUUGCAAUAUGAAGUAAACAAUGGUGUCCUAUACAGAAAAUCAUACUUGGGGCCGCUAUUACAGUGUGUAUCCCCAGCAGAGGCGAAAUAUCUAAUCCAAGAGAUACACUCUGGCAUAUGUGGCAUUCACGCUGGACCCUGGGAUGUUAUUGCCAAAAUCCACAGCGUCGGAUACUACUAG